UGGACAUCUCUGAGUAUUUUAUGUGACUUGCACGACAAGUCGUUCCCCCCACUGAAGACUCCACCAAUUUCCAGUUGGUUUUUUCCUUCAAGGGACCACAAUGACAAGUAGUUCUAUAACGAGGCCAAAGUUGUUGAAAGUAGUGGUUCUUGGAGAUAGCGGUGUAGGAAAGACUUCUCUCUUGGAAAGGUUUGUGAAUCGUCGUUUCAGUCAACAGUACAAAGCCACUAUUGGAGCAGAUUUUCUGACCAAGGACAUGUUUGUAGAUGAUAGAAAUGUGAACUUGCAAAUAUGGGAUACAGCUGGACAGGAACGUUAUCAAAGCCUUGGAAGUGCUUUUUAUCGUGGUGCUGAUGCUUGUGUUUUGGUUUAUGAUAUAACUGAUGUGAAAAGCUUUGAAAGUUUAGAAACUUGGCGCGACGAGUUUUUGGUCUCUGCAAGCCCUUCUGAUCCUCAACAUUUUCCUUUCAUUGUCCUCGGGAAUAAGUCUGAUUUGGAAGGUCAACGUUCUGUACCUUCACGACGUGCUCAACAGUGGUGUGUAUCUAAAGGAGACAUUCCUUAUUUUGAAACAAGUGCGAAGGAGAACAUAUCGGUAGAUAAGGCUUUUGAUGUUGUAGUAACCAAUGCGUUAAGAAGGGGUGAACGGGAAGAGGAGUUCUAUUUGCCGGAUACUGUCGAACUCAGCGAUAAACAAACCUCAAGCACCUGCCAAUGUUAAGAGUUAGGCUAUUGAUAUACUUUUAUGGUUCAUUUACAUUUCUAUGGCGAAACAAUUUGCCUGAAUAAAGACACACACCUCUGCUUUUUAUGAAAUUAAAUUUUGGCGGGCUUCC